AUGUCUCCCACACUCCUGCAAGCGUCGGCUGCAUCCUUUGUGUUGCUUUCCAUUGGACACACGAUCAAGGGCAGAGAAUGGACAGCAGACCCUAGAUUCAAAGCUAUCAAAGGCACGAAUUCAUGGGCUUGCGGGACUCUAGGGUGGUACCAGGGGAGUGGUCUUCUUCUACUGACUGGUCUUCUUCACUGGCAAUGGUCGCGAGAUCCUACUCUCCUCCAGGACCCAGUGAACAAAGCCAUGGCCGGAAUCGCGAAUUUGUUGCUCUGGGCUAGCUCUGUCUGGUAUGCUAAGUAUGGUAUCAAGGAUACUUCUAUUGUGCUUGGUAUAUCUGCUGCGUUGCAGGCUUUCGGUGUUGGGAAGGCCUGCUUGUGA